AUGGGAAAAACCUCGCGUGACAAGAGAGACAUCUACUAUCGUCUGGCGAAGGAGAACAAAUGGCGAGCACGGAGCGCGUUCAAGUUGAUGCAGAUUGAUGAUGAAUUUCAGAUUUUGAAAGGCGUCACUCGUGCUGUCGACCUAUGCGCAGCGCCUGGAAGUUGGUCCCAAGUGCUCUCGAAACGUCUUUACGAAGAAGACGAGAAGGCGAAAAUUGUGGCAAUCGAUUUGCAGCCAAUGGCGCCGAUUCCAGGGGUUAUCCAGUUGCAAGGAGACAUCACAUCAGUGGAGACUGCCAACCAGGUCAUUGAACAUUUCUCUGGCGAAAAAGCGGAUAUCGUAAUCUGCGACGGCGCUCCAGAUGUCACGGGAAUCCACUCUCUUGACGAAUUCAUGCAAGCCGAGCUCAUCCUGGCCGCCUUCAACAUCACAAGCCACGUUUUGAAGAACGGCGGAAACUUCCUGGCUAAGAUCUUCCGCUCCCGGAAUUCAUCGCUUCUCUACGCUCAAAUGAAACGAUACUUCAAGCAGGUCUACCUGGCGAAACCUCGAAGUUCCCGUCAAUCCAGUUGUGAGGCUUUUGUCCUUUGCCUGGACUACUCGCCACCAGAGGGAUUCGUUCCGACGAUGAAUAAGACGUCGUUGGAGAUCAAAGACAAUGUUACUGCGGACGUUAUCGAUGGAUUUGUGACUUGUGGCGAUUUGAGUGGUUGGGAUAGUGAGAAAUCGUAUCCGCUGGAUAUCGAAUGCUCAUUUCCGAGAGGCACACAGGAUGAGGAUGAUAAAAAACGCUACGAAUUCAAAGACGUCGCUCUCGAAAAAAAGAAGACGGGAGUUUUCUCAAAAAUGAACGCCGAAAUGAACAAGGAGAUGAAGGCAGCGAUUAAACGGGAGAAGAAGCAUCGGGAGAUGACGGCGGAGGCUGCUGAGAAGGAAUCUGAGAAGGAACCUGAAAAGGAAGCUGAAGACGUGGCAGAUGCGCUGGAGAACAAGGUCAAUAUUGAAGAAUGA